AAAAAAUGAUCCCGUGUGGGGCACAAAGAACGGUGCCCCUGUUAAUUACAGUAAAAUGGCGCUGUCGUCUGCAGGAGGAACAAAGAAGAAAGUUUGCUAUUAUUAUGAUGGCGACGUAGGUAAUUAUUACUAUGGCCAGGGUCAUCCCAUGAAACCCCACAGGAUCCGAAUGACCCACAACCUCCUGCUCAACUAUGGACUGUACAGGAAGAUGGAGAUAUAUAGACCCCACAAGGCCAGUGGAGAGGAGAUGACCAAGUACCACAGUGACGAUUACAUCAAGUUCCUGCGUUCCAUCCGGCCAGACAACAUGUCAGAGCACAGCAAACAGAUGCAGAGAUUUAAUGUAGGAGAGGACUGCCCAGUGUUUGACGGCCUGUUUGAGUUCUGUCAGCUCUCAACGGGAGGCUCUGUCGCGGGGGCAGUGAAGCUGAACAAGCAGCAGACGGACAUCGCCAUCAACUGGGCCGGAGGACUCCAUCAUGCCAAGAAGUCUGAGGCCUCUGGGUUCUGCUACGUCAACGACAUCGUCCUCGCCAUCCUGGAACUGCUCAAGUACCACCAGAGGGUGUUGUACAUAGACAUCGACAUUCACCAUGGAGACGGAGUGGAAGAGGCUUUCUUCACCACAGACCGGGUCAUGACGGCCUCCUUCCACAAGUAUGGAGAAUACUUCCCUGGCACCGGAGACCUGAGGGACAUUGGAGCAGGGAAGGGGAAGUACUAUGCUGUUAACUACCCUCUCAGAGACGGCAUCGACGAUGAGUCUUACGAAGCCAUCUUCAAACCUGUGAUGGCUAAAGUGAUGGAGAUGUUCCAACCCAGUGCAGUCUUGCUACAGUGUGGAGCCGACUCUCUCUCAGGAGACAGACUGGGCUGUUUCAACCUCACCAUCAAAGGUCAUGCUAAGUGUGUUGAGUACAUAAAGAGUUUCAACCUGCCUAUGUUGAUGUUGGGAGGUGGAGGUUAUACCAUCCGUAACGUGGCCCGCUGCUGGACCUACGAGACCGCCGUGGCUCUGGACAGCAUCAUACCUAACGAGCUUCCUUACAACGACUACUUUGAAUACUUUGGUCCUGACUUCAAGCUCCACAUCAGCCCGUCUAACAUGACCAACCAGAACACCAAUGAUUACCUGGAGAAGAUCAAACAGAGGUUGUUUGAGAACCUGCGCAUGCUGCCCCACGCCCCGGGGGUUCAGAUGCAGGCCAUCCCAGAAGACGCUCCACACCCGGACUCUGGAGAUGAGGAGGACGAGAGCCCUGACAAACGCAUCUCCAUUCGGGCCCAUGAUAAGAGGAUAGCCUGUGAAGAGGAGUUCUCUGACUCUGAGGAUGAGGGACAGGGAGGAGGGGGAAGGAGGAACGCUGCCAACCACAAGAAGACCAAACGAGUCAAGACUGAGGAGGAGAAAGAGAAGGAGGCGGAGGAGAAGAAAGAUGUGAAAGAGGAGAAAGAGACAGAGGAGAAGAUGGACACAACAGAGCCAACAGAGGAAACGAAGACGUCCUGAAGUGGGGAGCAGCAGAUAAACAGGAGCUUCCAGUUGUGAAUCUAAUCAAUCGAAAUGGACUGUAAAUUUAUUCUCUCAACACAGUUUUAGUAUUUCCUCAAACAGUUAAAUGUUUUAGCCUGUGUCAGUGUUGAAAUACUCAUGUCUCUACCACCUAUUUAAAUGUUGUUGUUUCUACCAUGUGUUUAGUUAUGGAGCCUGAGGAUCUGAAGCAGUAGGGUCCCAUUUCAAUAGUCUAGAAAAGGCUGGUUGGGAUUCAAUCCAAGGUGUGCUGUCGUGCACACUGCUCUAUAACAGACGUAAGGUCACUUCAAAUCAAAUGUAUUUAUAUAGCCCUUCGUACAUCAGUGCUGUACAGAAAACCCAGCCUAAAACCCCAAACAGCAAGCAAUGCAGGUGUAGAAGCACGAUGGCUAAGAAAAACUCCCUAGAAAGGCCAAAACCUAGGAUGAAACCAGGCUAUGUGGGGUGGCCAGUCCUCUUCUGGCUGUAUCGGGUGGAGAUUAUAACAGAACAUGGCCAAGAUGUUCGCAUGGUCAAAUAAUAAUAAAUUGCAGGCAGAACAGUUGAAACUGGAGCAGCAGCACGGCCAGGUGGACUGGGGACAGCAAGGAGUCAUCAUGUCAGCUUGAGCUGAUGUUGUACAGACGGUUAACGUCAGGGGGAAAUGCCUUUACUGUGUUGUCGGCCGUCUAGUGCGCUGCUCUAACAGGGCUUGGAUUGAAUUCCUACCUUAUUUCCGCUCUCUUCACUGACCCGAGGUAACUUGGUGAAAGCAAAUCCCCCUGAUAAGACUGAGGCCAUACUGCUUUCACAGUUCUCAGAUCAGUCCAGAUGAAGAGUUGAAAAGGAAUCCACUGCAAACAUUCCCCGUUGAACAAUAGUCACCAGCUCGAAGUUAUUUUAAAUCAUAGAUUUAUUUAUUUUUUUACAACAUAUGUUGUGUUUUACUUCUCCCAGGGUUAGUUUCUGACUAUAUGCUCCAUGUUGGCUUCUCCCAGGGUUAGUUUCUGACUAUAUGCUCCAUGUUGGCUUCUCCCAGGGUUAGUUUCUGACUAUAUGCUCCAUGUUGGCUUCUCCCAGGGUUAGUUUCUGACUAUAUGCUCCAUGUUGGCUUCUCCCAGGGUUAGUUUCUGACUAUAUGCUCCAUGUUGGCUUCUCCCAGGGUUAGUUUCUGACUUCCUCUCCAUGUUGGCUUCUCCCAGGGUUAGUUUCUGACUUCCUCUCCAUGUUGGCUUCUCCCAGGGUUAGUUUCUGACUUCCUCUCCAUGUUGGCUUCUCCCAGGGUUAGUUUCUGACUAUAUGCUCCAUGUUGGCUUCUCCCAGGGUUAGUUUCUGACUUCCUCUCCAUGUUGGCUUCUCCCAGGGUUAGUUUCUGACUGUACUCUCCAUGUUGGCUUCUCCCAGGGUUAGUUUCUGACUAUAUGCUCCAUGUUGGCUUCUCCCAGGGUUAGUUUCUGACUAUAUGCUCCAUGUUGGCUUCUCCCAGGGUUAGUUUCUGACUAUAUGCUCCAUGUUGGCUUCUCCCAGGGUUAGUUUCUGACUAUAUGCUCCAUGUUGGCUUCUCCCAGGGUUAGUUUCUGACUAUAUGCUCCAUGUUGGCUUCUCCCAGGGUUAGUUUCUGACUUCCUCUCCAUGUUGGCUUCUCCCAGGGUUAGUUUCUGACUAUAUGCUCCAUGUUGGCUUCUCCCAGGGUUAGUUUCUGACUUCCUCUCCAUGUUGGCUUCUCCCAGGGUUAGUUUCUGACUAUAUGCUCCAUGUUGGCUUCUCCCAGGGUUAGUUUCUGACUUCCUCUCCAUGUUGGCUUCUCCCAGGGUUAGUUUCUGACUUCCUCUCCAUGUUGGCUUCUCCCAGGGUUAGUUUGACUAUAUGCUCCAUGCUGGCUUCCUCUUCUCCCAGGGUUAGUUUCUGACUGUACGCUCCAUGCUGGCUUCCUCUUCUCCCAGGGUUAGUUUCUGACUGUACGCUCCAUGCUGGCUUCUCCCAGGGUUAGUUUCUAACUGUACGCUCCAUGCUGGCUUCCUCUUCUCCCAGGGUUAGUUUCUGACUGAUGCUCCAUGCUGGCUUCCUCUUCUCCCAGGGUUAGUUUGACUGUACGCUCCAUGCUGGCUUCCUCUUCUCCCAGGGUUAGUUUCUGACUGAUGCUCCAUGCUGGCUUCCUCUUCUCCCAGGGUUAGUUUCUGACUGAUGCUCCAUGCUGGCUUCCUCUUCUCCCAGGGUUAGUUUCUGACUGAUGCUCCAUGCUGGCUUCCUCUUCUCCCAGGGUUAGUUUCUGACUGUACGCUCCAUGCUGGCUUCCUCUUCUCCCAGGGUUAGUUUCUGACUGUACGCUCCAUGCUGGCUUCCUCUUCUCCCAGGGUUAGUUUCUGACUGUACGCUCCAUGCUGGCUUCCUCUUCUCCCAGGGUUAGUUUGACUAUAUGCUCCAUGCUGGCUUCCUCUUCUCCCAGGGUUAGUUUCUGACUGUACGCUCCAUGCUGGCUUCCUCUUCUCCCAGGGUUAGUUUCUGACUGUACGCUCCAUGCUGGCUUCCUCUUCUCCCAGGGUUAGUUUCUGACUGUACGCUCCAUGCUGGCUUCCUCUUCUCCCAGGGCUAGUUUGACUAUAUGCUCCAUGCUGGCUUCCUCUUCUCCCAGGGUUAGUUUGACUAUAUGCUCCAUGCUGGCUUCCUCUUCUCCCAGGGUUAGUUUCUGACUGUACGCUCCAUGCUGGCUUCCUCUUCUCCCAGGGCUAGUUUGACUAUAUGCUCCAUGCUGGCUUCCUCUUCUCCCAGGGUUAGUUUGACUAUAUGCUCCAUGCUGGCUUCCUCUUCUCCCAGGGUUAGUUUGACUAUAUGCUCCAUGCUGGCUUCCUCUUCUCCCAGGGUUAGUUUCUGACUGUACGCUCCAUGCUGGCUUCCUCUUCUCCCAGGGUUAGUUUCUGACGAUACGCUCCAUGCUGGCUUCCUCGUUUUAUAUUUCUAAAAUUAACAAAAUGUUGACUUGUCUUUAUUAGGUCACACAGAGGGCAGGGCUUCACCAACUGACAGGCUGAAUUUGUCGUAUUUGUAUUCAUUGUUGGACAUAAAGACUGUAAAAACACCAAGUAUUCCCACAUAAGAUGUGAUCGUAAUGCAAUGUUUUAGUCAAAUUCUGUUUGCAAAAAAAAAAAAAAACAGUCUAGAAAGUAAUUCUCCUGACUUAUGACCCCUGGAACAAUCCAGCUUCCCCAUCAAGGAAAAACCCCAAGAUCAGCAUGUAGAGGCCACUUCAGCCUACACCGUUGGGAACCGGCUCACGUUUUAAACCCCUGGUAUUUUCUACUGUAAAGGUUAACAGAUAUGGUGCUUGUUUUGGGUGUUCAGUUGUGAAAUGUGCAUAUAACUUGUUUUUAAUAUAGGAAAAAAAAAUACAUUUCUCAUCGACUUUGUA